AUGAGCCGGCUGCCGCUGGCUUGCGUGGCGCUGCUGCUGGCCUCCGCCGCCGCUGACGAGUGCUCCACCACGUGCGGCACGCCCUCGGGGCUCGAGUUCUGCUCGUACGUGUCGUUCACAGUCUGCGGCGGCGAGCCUUCGUACGAGGAGCUGGACGCCGCGGCGCUGCUGGCCUUCCAGUCCUGGAGCAACACGAACGCCAGCGAGUCGCCGCUGGCCGCGCUGCCGCAGUACGAGGACUUUAGCGACGACAAGCUGGCUGCGACCGUCAAGACGCUGGACCUCACCAACACCAGCAGCCCGUGCGGCGCCUUCCUGCGACGAAUGGAGUGCGCCGCGCACUUCCCAGUGUGCGAAGUAGGGCGGGACUACUCGAAGGUGUGCCUCACUUCUUGCCAGUCUACUGUGCAUUCGCAGUGUCCAGGCCUCACCGGCAUGUGCACGACGUUCGACGAAGCGGAGGUGGAGAUGAAGGGCAGCAAGUGCUUCAAGGUCAGCUACUCGGGCCCUGCAGUGGGCAUGUGGGUGGCUGGGUUCCUCAUCUCUCUUGUCUUCUCCGUGCUCAACUCGGUCGGAAUCAACCUGCAGAAGCUCUCCAUGACACGCAACGACACGGCCGAAGUCAAGAAGACCACGCUCAAGCAGCCGCUCUGGAUGCUGGGCUUCGGCCUCGUGUGUCUUGGAUCGCUGCUGGACUUUGUGGCCUUCGGCAUGGCCCCGCAGACGCUUCUGGCGCCACUUGCUGCGUUGUCCCUGGUCUGGAACAUGCUAAUUGCUCCCAUCUUCCACAAGGAGAAAGUCACGCGGGAGAACCUGCUAGCCACCGCCAUUAUCUUCAUUGGCGUGACGUUGACUGUGAUCUUCGCGGGGCACAACACGCCGACGUACGAACUUGAGGACCUCAUCCGACUCUACCAGCAGCCAGCGAUGUACGCCUACAUCGUGCUGAUCGUGUGCUUCUUGGGCGGGCUCUUCGCUUUCUGCCGCUACAUUGAACGCACGCACAACUUCGAGGAGGGGCUGUUCCACAUCAUUUGCUACGGCGGAAUCGCCGGGACGUUUGGGGGCCAGUCAGUGUUGCUUGCCAAGUCGACUGUGGAGCUGCUGAAGAGUGCAAUCUGGGGCGACUCCGGCUUCUACAUGUUCACGCAGCCCACGUCGUACGUCAUUAUCGCUGGUCUGGGGGCGUGCUUAGGUUUCCAGGUCCACUUCCUCAACGGUGGACUUGCCCGCUUCGAUGCGCUUGUGGUCAUCCCGGUCUAUCAGAGCUUCUGGAUCCUCAUGAGCGUGCUGGGCGGCAUCAUGUACUUCGAGGAGUACGUGAGCAUGACACGGAUGCAGAUGCUCAUGUUCACUAUUGGAAGCUGUGUCACCAUUUUGGGCAUCAUCGUGUUGCUCAAGACAAGGCACUCGGGCGAGGCCUCACGCUAUGUUGAACUGGCGCUCACACCAACGUCGGCGUGGAACGUUGACGACUCGGACGAGGAGGUGGAGCUGCACCUGCCGCAGAGCCCCAACACUGCCAAAGUUGCCCCAGGAGCGGUAGCACCGGUGUCUUCAAAGAAAAUGUCGGACAACGACUCGGCAGUUGCAGCAGCAAUUUACCGAUCCAAACCUGCUUCACCCACCGGUGGCAGUCGAGUCAGCGCCAAAGCUAAGGACUUUGACGACGAUGAAGAGGAAGAGGAUUUUAUUUAA